CUGGUUCCCAGUCUUGACCGAACUGAAACAAAUAUGGCGGCCCUGUUUAUGCGAACGGUGUUUCAAAGACAGGUCGGAUUUGUUCGGCGAGGAAUAUUUGGUGAGUAUUAAAACUUGAGCCCAGUAAACUUAACUCCCUUCUUGCCAAAGCAGAUAGGAAAGCCAUUGUUAAAAUGCUAUCGCUAAACUGUGAUAAGCUCAUUUGCAACUUCUAGAUCUUGUCGCGUGAUUUUGGACGGUCGGGUGGUAAGAAAAGAGAUGAAACUGGACAAUGAUUGGGCAGGGUGUAUUUCAAAGCUAACCUGGGAGAUACUAAGAUCUAACUAACUCUAUUGUGAUCACAGGAGUGUCCAACAGAUGGAUACAGCAGUCAUCUCAGUGCUUCUCAGAUGAGCAAGACAAGACCGAUCCAGGGUAGGGUUUAGUGUGCAAGUUAAGAGUCGAUGUCCUUGAUGCUAAUAGAGGUGCACUCUUACUGUUAAGUACUGUUCCUCGAGUAAACGGUGGGUGUUAGUAAGAGAGGGCAAUGAAAAAAAAAAAACCGAGUGAAAUAGUCCCUUCAUUAAGUGGAGAACAGUACCGCUCAAAAGUAAGUUGACAGUCUCGACUUAAAUCUCAAGACUCGAUUCUUGCAUCUAGAAGCUCGAACGAAUCAAGGUUCGAGACGCGAAGCGCUAACAUGCAUAUGUCACGUGUAAUUUGAAACCUCUUGCUUAAACUUAACACACAAUUCACAACAUUUUUCAAACGCAUACAACAGCGACUAAAAAUUUCUAAAGGCAAAAGUCAGGGUUACUGAAGGUGUCUGCAAGACCAUUUCAUUCAAGAUCAUUUUUAAAAGAGAAACUUGAAUAAAUUUCAGUGGAAGAAUUACAAGACAUUUGUGCUUGUUUGUUUUUUACUUUUUAAAAAAGCGCAGAAUGAACAGGGAAUUUUGUUAGCUGUUCUACUCGCCUGUUAAAUGAGGGGAUUUGUUUCUAAAGUGCAAAUUUUGUUUCAUCACGAAAGAAAGCAAGAUUUGCAAAGCCGUUUGUCUCAGUCCGCAGAAUGUACUUCUCAAUCCUUUAAACCAGAGUGCGGUCAGUUUGAUGAACAUCGUACACAUGAAAUUUUCAGAAUUUUACCUGUCUUUUCAUAAUUCUUGUUAAACUUGAUAUUUGUUUUCUCGGGCUCCCAUGAGAAAUAGUCUUUGGUGUUAUUACAGAUAACUAAUUAUAUCUAUAAGUAAAACCAUUGAAAAAUGUAAAAAAGAAUGUGAUAUUGUUUAAAUUAUUUUGGUGCAAGGUUUUUGUCCUCUGAAAAUUGAAAUUACUCAAUUGCCUGGUGGAUUCCAUCCUAAUAUUAAGCAUGUUACACUAUAUUCCUAGUCCUCAGGAAUCUGGUGCAGAGGCAUCUUCAGGUGAAAAACACGAACAUAAUUAUUUUGGUGAUGAUCAUGCAUUCUACAGUGCAGAAGAACAAGAUGCUGAAAUGAGAAAAAAUAUACUCAAUGCUGCACUGGAACAUGUUCCUGAGUUAGGUUGGAGUUCAGAGGCCAUUGAAGCUGGUGCCCAGUCAGUGGGACUUUCCGCAAUGGCAGAAGGGAUGUUCCCACGUGGUGCUGGUGAUUUGGUCCUGCAUUUUACAGAAGACUGCAACGUUAGACUGGCUGAUUACCUUGUAUCACAAUCUAGAGUUGGCAAGGAGUCUGAAGAGGAUACUACUACAAGUCCAGUGUGAGUUUAAGCUGCUAACUGUAGCACUAUAACAAAAACACAUGAUUAUCUUAUAAAAGAAGAUUGUUUAAAAGUUGGCUUAUAAAUGGUAGAGAUGCCAACCCUUAAAGGUUUAAAUUCUGGAGACUGUCUCUUUUGCAGAAGGUUCCUUUCAACAUCAACCACGCCCUUUCCUCUCCCCCUCCUAUCCCCACUCCAUGAACACAAUUGGACCCAGUCCACAACUUUUAACAUGGCUGUGUCUCAGGACAUUAGACAAAGCUUUACGUGAAGUACAGACUGUCAAAAUUUGCUUUUUUGACAAGAUAGUCUUUUGAGUGAUGAAACAUGUGCAAAAAAGUCACCGAAACCUUACUAUGAUCAUGAAAAGUUUUAAAUUUGAGGGGGGAAUGGGGUUAAUUCCAAAUUAAAGCAGAGAAAAGCUAAAAAUUAAAUUUUAUCCAGGAGAUUUGUGAUUUAUCUAGGAGAGUGAGCACAUUAUAUGUUGCAUGUUACAAUCAGGUUUAAAAAUUAGUAAUAGUAGACCUUUAUCAAUGUUGCUACUUUCAAAAGAAGGGCUCUUACAUGUAGUUUUGUCACCGAUUGUAGCUUCACUGUAGUUAAGGUACUUAGCCCUAAAGGGUCUUUCUAACAUUUUGCUUACCAAAGGAAGACAAAAAAUAAACCUUUCCCUUCCCCAUCCCUCCAUGCAAUGAUGUGCCCCUGUUUGGAAAAAACACCUCAGCUUUGAAUUAUGGAGGGGAGGGGGAAGGGGGGUGGAUUGUUUUGUUCUUCAAAGUUACCCCGUUUUAGAAUGUCAACAAUUUUGUCACCGUUUGUAGAUCAAGGGUACCCCAUAGAUUCUAUGUUGCUACUCCUGACCUUAGUAAAAGUUUUUAGACAGCAUCUGUUCAUGUGAAGUACUUUUAAAUCUCACCUCAAGACUUGUCUUUUUCAUUGUUAGCAUGAGAAUUUUUAUCUUAAUUUACAAUCAUUUAUUAUUUUUUUAAUAAUGGUUUGGAAUGUUAAAUAUUUUGCUUAAUUGUUUGGAAUGUUGUGUAAAGUGUCUUGAGCAGGAGUGGAUAGCUAGGUGCUACAAUAUAUAUAAAUUUUAUUAUUAUUAAUUAUUAUUAUUACUAUUAUUAUUAUUAUUAUUAUUAUUAUUAUUAUCAUUAACUGAUGACUUGAAAUUGAAUCUGUUAGUUAUGAUUGCAGCGGCUGCUGAUUAUAUCAAAUUCUAGGGUUCUCCAGAUGCUCCAGUGACUGACAAAAAUCGCUGUUUAGUCAUCACAGAAGCACUGGCUAAUCACCAAAUUUUUUAUCACUAUGACCUCAUUGAAUGAGGCUAAGUAUGAUGUAAAAAUUAUGCAGAUUGAAUAAAAUAUUGUCACUAAUUAUUAACAGUUAACAAUAAAAUAUUAUUGUUAAUUGUUUAAGUUUCUUUACAGGUUUAUUAUUUUGAUUGUAGAGGCUAAUGAAGUUUAUAUAAUUUUCUUUAGGCGUAAAAGCUCCCGAGUGAUAAUCCGUGAUGCUGUGGAAGUGCGGCUAAGGAUGCUCAUCCCUUAUAUUGGCCAGUGGCCUCAGGUAUACUGAAACUUAUCACCAAAUAACAACAACAAAAUACACUGUAAAUAGGAAGCUGGUAGAUUAACACUAGCAAGUCAGUCAGUAUGUACCUGUAGGUAGUCAGUUAGCCUGUCAGUCAGUCAGUCAGUCAGUCAGUCAGUCAGUCAGUCUGUCAGACAUUCAGUCUGCCAGCAGCCAGUCAAUAUCUCUGACAGUCGGCAGACAGCCUGUUAGUUGUCAGUCGUUUAGUCUGCCAUUCAGUCAGUCAGUUGUUUAUUAGUCUGUGUGUAAUAAGCAGGGCUCAAAAAAAAUGUGAAUUCCAGCUUGCCCUUUAGGCAAGCAUCUCUCACAUUUUUCUUGCCUGGGACCACUUCUUGGCCAUGUUAGGUAAUGAUUUUGUUAGUGGAUGAUUUACCUGGACCCUUAUCUAUUGGGCAAGUAAGCUUUAAAAGUUACCUGCCCAGCAAGAAAAUCUGCUUGUUUCUGACAACUGGACAAGACUUAUUUUGAGCCCUGAUAAGAGUCAGUUUCUUGAGUCAAUCAAUCAAUCAAUCAAUCAAUCAAUUAAUCAAUCAAUCAAUCAAUCAAUCAAUCAAUCGAUUGAUCGAUCGAUCGUAGAAAUGUGCAAUUGGCUUGGAAACACAACUGACAGAAUUGAAAAAUAAUCACAUUUCAAUGUCACGGUUUUUUUUAAGGCCAUGGGUUUGAUGUUACUACCACACAAUGCUCCUGAUGCUGCAAAGAAUGUUGCAUACAUGGUGGAUGAAGUAUGGUACCAUGCAGGGGACACAUCAACAGAUGUAAGUUCCGAAAUUUUCUGUAAUUACAUUGUUCUCUUAAUAAAUUAGUUGGGAAUAAGCUUAUUGGUGACUCUCUAUGAGAUGGUGGGUCACUAAUCAAUUAAUUAGUAUCAAGGCUGUGCUUUAGGCACCAUGGAACCUAACGUUUGUUCCUGGGUGACUAGAAAAUCUUACUUUUUUGUUAUAGAAAUUAUAAACUGGGCACCUUGGAUUUCACGUGUUUAGAGCAUUGGGCUCCCCUCAACUUUUCUUAGAGCACAGCCUUGAGUAUUGUUAAUAAUAGAUUACAUGUUUAAUAUAGUACAUUGUACAUUUUGAUUAUUAAAAGGACUCCAUAGUCAAUAAUCAGUGGUUAGUAUACUGAUCAAAGUUUGAAAUUGAACUGCUGAAAACAAACUGAUUCCUUAAUAUUAAAAUUAUUAAUUUGAUUUCUAUUUUAGGGAAAAAUAAAUAGAUAUUUUAUUUGAAUUGGUUCUAUGAAAUUCAUUUGAAAAUGAUUUGAAUGACAUAAUAUACUGGUGAUGAUAUUAUAUGAUCAUGUUAUUUUAUUCUAAUAUUCUAUUCAUACUAUUAGAUUCAUUUGACCAUGGCCAACAUGUUAGAAAAGAUAAUUUCUGGUAACAUAACAGACAUAACAAGCAUUUGAAUCACCUUAAUUUGUAACUCAACAAGCAUGCACAGACAAUUUGGCGGGGGACGUAUCAGGAAUGAGAAGGGUAGGGUGCCAGUGGGUCUUGUUUUUCCAAGGGAGUAUAAUUUUUUUGAAAACCAAAUAAUGGUUAUUCAAGGGGCAUCCUUUUUUGAAAAAACUGAAUUAUGUUAGAGCAAGUGAAACAAGCAAGUUUGUGAGUCUCUUUUCAUCUAAGGAAAGGUAGAAAAUAAAUAUUAUUAAUUUAAUUUGUGAUGGUUAUCACAGUGUUCCUUCUAAUACCUUCUUAUCAUACACAGAUAAACUGGUACACAAAGAGAGGGGUGUUAGCAGCACUGUACAGUUCCACAGGUAGGUUAAAGAUAACUACCAGUACACUUGGGCAAGUUUGUGUUUGUAAAUUUGGAGCUUUUACAAAGGUACAAAGGCAGACAAUGCAACUGGAGCAUUUUUUGAAUCUGAUUUAUGCACAUGAUCACUACAUUGUAGACAUGUAGAGCUGUGAUUUGUAAGUUCUGAGCCACUGAUACAUUAGUAAAGAAUGGAAUAACUUGAAAAAUAUGAAAAAAAAAACAAAUAAAAUUUAUUUGUUUUUAUUCCUUUCAUUUAAUGGAAUUUGACUUCUAUGACAGUGCCUACUUUUUGUUUUAUAAUCAAAUUAAUAAUAUUAAAUUAAUGAUAGCAAAAUAGUUGUUACUCUUAGUUAUUUAGGUGUGCAUGCUCUGGUUCAAUUUUAACCUUGGUUCAAAUUUAUUUCUUGGUGAGAUGAAAAUUUAAAGUUUUUGCUCUUCAGGUUAGCUGUUGCUAAAGUUACAUGCCUGGAGCAGUCAUGUAGGCAGGCCUACCAACUCCCCUUUCACUAACAUUAAUUUACUUUGUAACAGCAAUUUUGCUGGCUUUUUGAAUAACUCAAAAUAAUUAAAUUAUGCUAGUAUAGAGUGACAAGUCAAUCCAGUAGCCCAGGGCUGUUAGACAGCCCUUUUGUUGUGCCCAUUAAUAAUUUUGCAGACAUGUUUGUGGAUGUAAAUGUAUGGUAAUGAAUUCUCUGUUUUCUCAAAAAUAAAAAUGCAAACCAUCCAAUUAAAAAAUUUUGGAAUCUGGGAAAUAAAAGAAGGUAAAUAAACAAAAAGCCUCACCAAAAAUCAGGUCUGUGCAAUAUUUCACAUGUGAGAUAUUUGGAAAAUGUUUUACCCAAAGUUAUAGAGCUUUGUAUAGAGAUGCCAUGUUAGAGUUAGAGUCCCUUUGAGGGGCAGAAAUAUGGCUGCCGGAAACCAACGGAAACAUCUGACUUUGAAUUUCCCUACAAAUGCCUGGAUUCAUCUCGCAAGGAACUCAUAGUGGUUGAAGUAAAAUAUAUUUUGAGACAAUGAACGUUUAGAUAGCACAAUCUCAAAAAAUCGGCAAUGUUUUUAACCCACAUAAGAACUUCCCUGGCUGCCAGCUAAUUUCCUUGUCAUGCAAAAGCCUGGAAAUUCAAGUAUCCUCGAUUGCAAAACGAUGAAUGCUUUCAAACCGAACAGUUGCCUAAAAUGAGGGUGUUUAGCUGCUGUAAUACCUCAGGAAAGUAGAAACUCAGAAGAACCGAUAAUCCUUAGUUUGACUUUUGGUGAUGUCAUGUGAAAACCAACAAAUAAUGAGUCUGAAGUGAAGGAAAACAAAAUCAUUUAAACCAAGGAUAAAAUUGACCCAUGAUCAACAUACAAAUCUAGUAUUUAAAAUUAAUUCUCUCCUAAAUUUCAGAAUUGUACAUGGUCAGUGACAGAUCUCCUGAUUUUGAGGAAACAUGGAAUUUUCUGGACAGAAGAAUGUCUGACAUUGGUAUGCUUAUCAGUGCCAAAGAAACAGUAAGUUUCUUGUAUUUCCAUGGAUAA